AUUAUUAAUUCUAUAGUUGAAGAUGAAAGUUUAUAAUACUUUUACAAGUUUAAUUCUUCUAGCUGGAUUUGUUGAAAGCUAUCUGUUUUGCUACAAGGAUGAGCAUUGUUCAACUGGGUAUUGUGACGUUAAAUUGUUAAAAUCAGAGAUAGUGUGCCAAUACGGCAAGUGUGGUUGUCCAAAGGGACAAUAUAUGAGAUAUAACAAGUGUUUCCCAAAGCGUCAACACGGAGAUGCUUGUCAUGGCUUCAAUGAAUGUUCUGAGGAGGAUAAUCUUAAUUGCAUACAGAACAUUUGCAAAUGUCGACAUGAUCUUUAUAAAGUAGAAAAUAGGAAAUGCGUACCAAAAAAACCUGUGAAACUUGGAGAAAAAUGUAGAUUUAACAAUAAAGUAGAGGGACUCUGUAUCGUAGAGAGUUCAUAUUGUAAAUAUGACACAUGCACGUGCAUUCCACCUUUAGUAAGAGAUGGUAAUAUAUGCAGACGUCGUCAAUAUAAAGAAGCAUGUUCAACCAAAGAAAAAUGUCCGCCACCUUUUUCAUGCAUUAAUAAAAAAUGUGAAUGUCGACAAGAUAAAAAACUCUUUAAAGUAACUAAACCCAAUGGUGAAACGUGGAAUGUCUGCUCUAAAGACGCUGAAAUAAUUAAGAGUACAGCAAAAGGAGAAAAUCAUUCUUGUGGUACAGCAUGGGCUGGCAGUAUGGAGAAGAAGAUCAAAAUAUGGGUCAUCUCUUGUCCGGAUCAUAUGACUUGUGCCUCAUGUACGGAUGCCGACGAUUCUGUGAAAAGUGUUUGUAGAAAGAAAGCUACCUAAUUUGUAAAGUACAAUAUUUCUUUUAAUAUUAACUUGCUUUAGUUAAAAAAAGUAUAUGAGAAGUGUCACAUUAGAUAUUUUACAGUUGAACAAUUGAUUGUUUUAAUAAGGUAAUAUUUAAUAUUAGUAUAAACGUGUAUGUAUUUUUAAGCUAUGAUAAAUACAUUUCGUUACUUUUUUCCAAUGAGA